AUGGAGACGGAGCAGAAAUGGACAACUGGGAAAACAAGCCAAAAGUUACAGAAAAGUUCAGACAAAAAGCUUAAGUGGCAUAACUGGAGAGAUUUUUCUUCUGUCACAAUUUGUUUUGCGUUAUCUAUGCUAAGUGUUGGAGUAUGCAUUGGAGUUUUUGUGCGGACGACGGCAUUGCAGUCCAGGAUAGUAAAUCUUGAGCAGCAAACCCUCUCUGCCUGGAUGUUGUCCCUGGAGCAGGUGGAACCCGUUAUUUUGGAAAGACUGGACCAAAUCUUGGACAAGAAGCUGGCAGCACGAUUACCAAAGACACGAGAAGCAAGGGAGGCUCCUUACAGCUGCUUAUGUCCGCCAGGACCUCCAGGUCCUCCUGGACGAGCAGGCUUUCCGGGGGACAAAGGAGGUUUGGGGAUUCCUGGAAGAUUGGGCUUUAAAGGACACGCAGGGGAGAAGGGAGCUCCAGGAGAACCAGGUCUGUCUAUUAUUGGACCAAGAGGGCCUCCUGGUCAACCUGGAACGAGAGGAUUUCCAGGGUUUCCGGGACCAAUUGGGCUGGAUGGCAAGCAUGGACAGAAUGGGCCUAAGGGUGACAUGGGUCAGCGUGGCCUUAAAGGACUCCCUGGAGAACCAGGACCGAAAGGGGAAAAGGGUGUCUGUGGCGACUAUACACAUCGGAUGUUGCCCAUCACCGUGCGCAACAUGCCCUCAAUAAGCCCUCUAAUCUUAAAACGCCUCAAGCAGGGUGAGCAAGGCGUGCAGGGGCCCCCAGGGCCACCAGGCCCACCUGGUCUUCCAGGGAGCCCAGGUCUGAACGGAGCCAGUGGCUCACCGGGUAAACCAGGGGAACCAGGGAAACCCGGAAAAGACCCAAGGCUCUUACCAGGACUGAAGGGUGAGCCAGGUAUACCAGGACAGAAGGGUGAUCAGGGGGAUGUUGGUCCAAUCGGUCCUGAGGGCCCCAAGGGAGAUGAAGGGAAGAGGGGUUUUGCACCAGAGAAAGGUAGCAAGGGAGAACCAGGUUUACCUGGCACCCCUGGGCUAAAGGGCCAGAUGGGCACACCUGGCAUCCCUGGCAAGAGGGGCUACAGGGGAGAAAAGGGAGAUGCUAUUAUUUCAGCACUUGGACUGAAAGGAGAGCCUGGUUCACCAGGAAUCCCAGGCCAAAUGGGACCUAAGGGUGACAAGGGUGACCAGGGAAACCAGGGGGAGACAGGCCCCGAAGGCCCUGCCGGACCAAGAGGACCUCCAGGUCCAACUGGUGAACCAGGAAAAGCUGAAAUCCACAAUAAUGAAAAUGAUAUUCGCAACAUACAUCUGAUGGGCCCGCCUGGAUUACCUGGACCUCCUGGGCCUCCUGGGAACACUGGGACUAAAGGUGAAGUUGGCCUCCCAGGUCCCCCUGGUCUUGAUGGAGAGAAGGGCACGAAAGGCGAACCUUGGGAAGGAGGAAGGUCAGAGAUUCUCUACGGCCCUCCAGGUCCUCCAGGGCCACAAGGACCAGCUGGCCCUGUAGGAUCGCAAGGACCUUCAGGACCAAAGGGAGAGCCCGGCCAAGGCCUCAGGGGAGAAAAAGGAGCAACAGGUCAGAAGGGUGACAAGGGAGACAGAGGUCAUCUUGGACUGCCUGGGGCUCAUGGGUUAGACGGCAGACCAGGUCCUGUGGGUCUGAUUGGACCAGCAGGAGUAGCAGGGCCAGCAGGACCAAAGGGAGAGAGAGGUGAGAAUGGAGACGUAGGACUACCAGGACCAAUUGGCCCGCAGGGCAUUCCCGGCCUUGUUGGAUCACAAGGACUCAAAGGGAAUCGGGGAGAGAGGGGCAAGAAAGGCAACAGGGGGGCCAAAGGGGAUAAGGGAGACCAAGGAGCACCUGGAUUAGAUGCCCCAUGUCCGUUGGGAGACGAUGGCCUACCUGUACCAGGCUGUUGGAACAAAGGUCAACACCCCUUCCAACUGGCCAAGAAGUAA